AUGUUCUCCAAGUCCUUACGCCCGUUAAAGGGCAGUCUCUCUGGUGCCACCCGCGCCUGGAGCCGCUCGUUGGCGUCUGCAGCAGCCAACGAGCUGACGGCGGUCCAAGACGCCAAAAAACGCUAUCCUGAGCUCCUCGACUCCGACUUUACCCCAGAAGGUCUUCCCGACUACGUCAAGCUCAUCUUGACCUCGCGUGUCUACGACGUCGUCGACAGAGCUGGCACUCCGCUUGGCCACGCCAUCAACUUGUCCCACAAGUGCAACGCCAACAUCUAUUUGAAGCGGGAAGACUUGCUUCCCGUCUUCUCGUUCAAGCUUCGUGGUGCCUACAACAUGAUUGCAAAUUUACAUGCAAACAGCAAAACCCCGUUGUCGGGAGUCAUUGCAUGCUCCGCAGGCAACCACGCCCAGGGAGUGGCGUUCUCUGCUAGCAAGUUGAACAUUCCCUCCACCAUCGUCAUGCCCACACCCACUCCCUCCAUCAAGUACACCAACGUGUCCCGCUUGGGGUCCCAGGUGGUGUUGUACGGAGACGACUUCGACUCUGCCAAGCUGGAAUGUGAUCGUUUGGCUGCCUUGAACAACCUCACCAACAUCCCUCCUUUCAACCAUCCGUAUGUCAUUGCUGGCCAAGGCACCAUCGCCUUGGAACUCACCAGACAGCUCCGUUUGGACAAGUUGAACGCCAUCUUCGUGCCUGUGGGUGGAGGUGGCCUCAUUGCCGGCAUUGCCGUGUACUUGAAGAAGAUCGCACCCCACGUCAAGAUCAUUGGUGUGGAAACCUACGACGCCGAUGCAUUGUACCAGUCGCUCAAAAGCAAGCACCAGGAGACCCUCGGCAGCGUGGGUGUGUUCGCUGACGGCACUGCUGUCAAGGUGUUGGGAGACGAGACCUGGAGACUCUGCAAGGACUUGGUCCACGAUGUUGUCAGAGUGUCUACUGACGAGUUGUGUGCAGCCAUCAAGGACAUCUUCGAAGACACCCGUCUGAUCACGGAGCCCUCUGGUGCACUCUCAGUGGCUGGAUUGAAGAAGUACAUCCAGCAAAACCCCGACAUCGACCACAGAGACAAGACCUACGUUCCUAUCUUGUCAGGCGCCAACAUGAACUUCGACAGACUCAGGUUUGUCAGCGAAAGAGCCGUUUUGGGUGAAGGAAGAGAAGUAUCGUUGGCCGUUACCAUCCCAGAAAGACCAGGUGAAUUUACCAAAUUGCAAAGUAUCAUCCACCCAAGAGCUGUCACCGAAUUCUCCUACAGAUAUGGCGACGCUGAUAGAGCUAAUAUCUUCUUGAGUUUCAACGUCAUCGACAAGGAAAAGGAGUUGGCUGCUAUCAUCGAGACAAUGGAAAACUCCGAGCACAACUACGAGGUCGUGGACAUCUCUGAGAACGAGUUGGCCAAAACCCACGGACGUUACUUGGUUGGUGGAAAAUCACCAAAGAUGGAUUGCCACAAGGUGGCCAACGAGAGAUUGUUACAGUUCGAGUUCCCAGAAAGACCUAACGCCUUGUAUAAAUUCUUGCAGUCUCUCAAGAGCAACUGGGACAUCACCUUGUUCCACUACAGAAACCACGGAAAUGAUAUCGGAAAGGUAUUGUGUGGUUUCCUUUUGCCAGAAGGUACUCUGGACAAGGAAUUCGAAGAAUUCUUGGACAGCUUGGGUUACAGAUACGUCGUGGAGACCGAUAACGUCGUGUACCGUAAGUUUUUGAAGAACUAG